AUGGGACAACAUGAGCAUGAAAGCAGCUUGAAAACCAUGAAGGAGGAACAUCGGCAGCAGCUGGAGGAGGUGAAGAGAGCCAAAGAAUCCUCAGGGAGUUCUGAUCACCAACAAAAUACGCAAGGCCUGGAAGAGAUGGAGCAGCAAUACGUGACGACUGUAGAAAAGAUCAGAGGAGACAUGCUGCGUUACCUCCAGGAGAGUCAAGAGCGAGCAGCAGAGAUGAUCCGCGUGGAGGUGCAGAGGGAGAGGCAGGACACCGCCAGGAGGAUGCGGCGCUAUUAUCUGACCUGUCUGCAGGAGUUACUGGAGGACGGGGGAAAGAAUACAGGGGCUGAGAAGAAAAUAAUGAAUGCUGCUAGCAAGCUGGCAGCCAUGGCUAAAGUACUGGAGACGCCUGUCAGAAUUAAAUCUUCAAAGAACUACAGCUUACAAAGUAGAAAUGCAGGUUUCAGUAAGAACCCGUCGACUCUCCCUGAGCUCCCUGACAUCAGGCCAGAGAGAUCGCACAGGGAAAAGACUUCAGAGCAGAAACAAGUCGCCACACCGAGGACGAAACCUUCGAGUCACAAAGACCUUCCUGCCACUGAGAAGGAGGCAGCGGCAGUAGAUGCAAGACUGAAAACUACUGGUAACGCACAUCUCCGCUCUUACAAACCUUCACAUCAGACAAAUUCAUGCCAGGGGGAUUUUGUCGAUGCGUCUGUGAGGAGUAAAAACAGAGAGCUCUGCCUGCAGGGAGUCAACCGCCUUGACUCAGAGCGACAGAGCCAACCGCUCCUCAUCCAGGAGGCUCCUGUCAGAGACGAGAGGAGGACGGACUGGAGCAUGAGCAGCAGUGACUCGGACGCAGGCUUCCAGGCCUCCACACUCUCUUACUCAGGGAGGAAAGUGGAGCAGGUGAAGCCUUUUUCUGUCUCUGCUACGUCAGCCUGUCACUUGGGAGAGUUUGGUAGACUCACCCCGAACGUUUCUGACCUGACUGUCUAUAAUGAAAUUGCCAAAAAGACACCUCACACCCAGACUUUGAGCAUUCAGCAUGCAAAGCUCAGCACACACCGGGAGCCCACGCCUGGCUCCGAGGGCGAGGAGCAGCGGGGGGGCCGUCCCCGGCCUCAGUUCUCUGAGCUGAGACAACGGCAGCAGGACAGCGGCUUCGACAGUCCGUUCUACCAGCAGAAAUGA